CUAGAAUACACAUUCGCAAAAAGAGUGAGAGUGUCUUCUCUAACUUAUAAUUAAAAUAAAGCUUGUUUGGUAAACAUUAAAAUGAGAAUUUUCGUGGUAGCCUUUGCUAUUAUAGCCGUAGCAGCAUCAGCUGCCAUCGAUAGUCCACUUAAUGAAUAUUUACCACCAUCAGAAGACACUGUUACUUCGGAUCUUACUGAUAAUGAUGACUCGGCUUUAUUAGCCGAUGACGGCUACCGCUACAAAACCUUAAGACGUUUGAAAUAUCGUCAAAGACGCGAUGUUUCUGAAACUGCUAAUGAGUAUUUACCUCCUGCAGAUGAAGCAACCGCAGCUGACCUGAAAUCUGGAGAGCAAUCUGAAGAAUCUGCUGUUUUGGGUGACAAUGGUUACGAAUACAAAACUGUUCGUCGUUUAAAAUAUCGUCAACGUCGCGAUGUCUCCGAAAUUGCCAACGAAUACUUGCCUCCAGCUGAAGAAACUAGCGAAGCUGUAGCUGAAUUGAAAUCUCUUGAAGAACCUGAAGAAUCCGCAGUUUUGGGUGAAAAUGGUUAUGAAUACAAAACUGUUCGUCGUUUGAAAUAUCGCCAACGUCGCGAUGUCUCCGAGAUUGCCAACGAAUACUUGCCUCCAACUGAAGAAACUACCAAAGCUGUAGCUGAAUUGAAGUCUGUUGAAGAACCUGAGGAAUCCGCAGUUUUGGGUGAAAAUGGUUAUGAAUACAAAACUGUUCGUCGUUUGAAAUAUCGUCAACGUCGUGAUGUCUCCGAGGUUGCCAACGAAUACUUGCCUCCAGCAGAAGAAACUACCGAAUCUGUAGCUGAAUUGAAAUUCAUUGAAGAACCUGAGGAAUCCGCUGUUUUAGGUGAAAAUGGUUACGAAUACAAAACUGUUCGUCGUUUGAAAUAUCGUCAACGUCGUGAUGUCUCCGAGAUUGCCAAAGAAUACUUGCCCCCAGCUGAAGAAACUACCGAAGCUGUAGCUGAAUUAAAAUCUGCUGAAGAACCUGAGGAAUCCGCUGUUUUGGGUGAAAAUGGUUAUGAAUACAAAACUGUUCGUCGUUUGAAAUAUCGCCAACGUCGUGAUGUCUCCGAGAUUGCCAACGAAUACUUGCCUCCAGCUGAAGAAACUACCGAAACUGUAGCUGAAUUGAAAUCUGUCGAAGAACCUGAGGAAUCCGCUGUUUUGGGUGAAAAUGGUUACGAAUACAAAACUGUUCGUCGUUUGAAAUAUCGUCAACGUCGUGAUGUCUCCGAGAUUGCCAACGAAUACUUGCCCCCAGCUGAAGAAACUACCGAAGAAACUACCGAAGCUGAAUUAAAAUCUGCUGAAGAACCUGAGGAAUCCGCUGUUUUAAGUGAAAAUGGUUACGAAUACAAAACUGUUCGUCGUUUGAAAUAUCGCCAACGUCGUGAUGUCUCCGAGAUUGCCAACGAAUACUUGCCUCCAGCUGAAGAAACUACCCAAUCUGUAGCUGAAUUAAAAUCUGUCGAAGAACCUGAGGAAUCCGCUGUUUUGGGUGAAAAUGGUUACGAAUACAAAACUGUUCGUCGCUUGAAAUAUCGUCAACGUCGUGAUGUCUCCGAGAUUGCUAACGAAUACUUGCCUCCAGCUGAAGAAACUACCGAAGCUGUAGCUGAAUUAAAAUCUGUUGAAGAACCUGAGGAAUCCGCUGUUCUAGGUGAAAAUGGCUAUGAAUACAAAACUGUUCGUCGCUUGAAAUAUCGUCAACGUCGUGAUGUCUCCGAGAUUGCCAACGAAUACUUGCCCCCAGCUGAAGAAACUACCGAAGCCAUAGCUGAAUUAAAAUCUGUUGAAGAACCUGAGGAAUCCGCUGUUUUGGGUAACAAUGGUUAUGAAUACAAAACUGUUCGUCGUUUAAAAUAUCGUCAACGUCGUGAUGUCUCCGAGAUUGCCAACGAAUACUUGCCUCCAGCUGAAGAAACUACCGAAGCCGUAGCUGAAUUAAAAUCUGUCGAAGAACCUGAGGAAUCCGCUGUUUUGGGUGAAAAUGGUUAUGAAUACAAAACUGUUCGUCGCUUGAAAUAUCGUCAACGUCGUGAUGUCCCUGAGAUUGCCAACGAAUACUUGCCUCCAGCUGAAGAAACUACCGAAGCUGUAGCUGAAUUAAAAUCUGCUGAAGAACCUGAGGAAUCCGCUGUUUUGGGUGAAAAUGGUUAUGAAUACAAAACUGUUCGUCGUUUAAAAUAUCGUCAACGUCGUGAUGUCUCCGAGAUUGCCAACGAAUACUUGCCUCCAGCUGAAGAAACUACCGAAGCCGUAGCUGAAUUAAAAUCUGUCGAAGAACCUGAGGAAUCCGCUGUUUUGGGUGAAAAUGGUUAUGAAUACAAAACUGUUCGUCGCUUGAAAUAUCGUCAACGUCGUGAUGUCUCCGAGAUUGCCAACGAAUACUUGCCUCCAGCUGAAGAAACUACCGAAGCUGUAGCUGAAUUAAAAUCUGCUGAAGAACCUGAGGAAUCCGCUGUUUUGGGUGAAAAUGGUUAUGAAUACAAAACUGUUCGUCGUUUGAAAUAUCGCCAACGUCGUGAUGUCUCCGAGAUUGCCAACGAAUACUUGCCUCCAGCUGAAGAAACUACCGAAGCUGUAGCUGAAUUGAAAUCUGUCGAAGAACCUGAGGAAUCCGCUGUUUUGGGUGAAAAUGGUUACGAAUACAAAACUGUUCGUCGUUUGAAAUAUCGCCAACGUCGUGAUGUCUCCGAGAUUGCCAACGAAUACUUGCCUCCAGCUGAAGAAAUCACCAAAUCUGUAGCUGAAUUAAAAUCUGUCGAAGUACCUGAGGAAUCCGCUGUUUUGGGUGAAAAUGGUUACGAAUACAAAACUGUUCGUCGCUUGAAAUAUCGUCAACGUCGUGAUGUCUCCGAAAUUGCCAACGAAUACUUGCCUCCAGCUGAAGAAACUACCGAAGCUGUAGCUGAAUUAAAAUCUGUUGAAGAACCUGAGCAAUCCGCUGUAUUGGGUGAAAAUGGUUACGAAUACAAAACUGUUCAUCGCUUGAAAUACCGUCAGCGUCGUUAUUAG